UUUCGGAGGGGGAGCAUUUACUGUGGGAGGGGUGUUAAAAGUCAUUUUCCCUUUUGGGUGGCAGAAAAUGGAAGUUGAGAUGCGAACUUGCGUGACGCCGUUAUCCGUACGAGAAUCAGAGGCCCUGUUCUCCAGCCAAUAAUAUAAGCCCACGUGUCCACUCACAGUCGCCACUUCCUCAUUUCUCCGACGCCGGCCCGACCAUGGUCACGGAGGCGGAGGGGUUGAAGAAGGGAGAGAAGGUGGAGGUGAGCAGCGAAGAAGAAGGACUGCGAGGAUCGUGGUACACGGCGACCGUGCUUCGGCCGGUUACGAAGAAGACGAAGAAAAUCUACGUGGAGUAUCAUACGCUGAUGUCGGAGGAGGACGACUCUAAGCCGCUGAGAGAGUCGGUGGACGCGAUUCUAGUGCGGCCGUACCCGCCGCGGGAGGUGGGCCGGCGCUUCAAGCUCAUGGAGGAAGUGGACGCCUUCUACAGCGACGGGUGGUGGGAGGGAGUGGUGACGCAGGUUCUGGAGAAUUCGAGGUACUCAGUGUUCUUCAGGACUUCGAGGGAGCAGAUCGACUUUCACCAGGUGGAUCUGCGGCUGCAUCGAGAGUGGGUGAGGGGAAAUUGGGUGCCACCGCUGGAGGAAUCUCAGUCGUGAAGAUUUCAUGCAGCAGACUAUGUUCUCAGUGGAAGCUCUUCUCAUCCUUCUUUGUUGCGAUGGAUAAAGCUGCCAUUUUUGCUGCGGAUAGUUUUUCAUGGAGGGAGGACUUCUGCCGCAACAUUACAUGUUUCUUUAACAGCUCUAACUUGAUCUCUGUGAGGACCUACUUUGGUAGGUUUUACCUUAGUGUGGUUACUUUUCAAGUUCAUGAAGCAAAAGAUGUGGAAAACCUGGUGUAUUGCCCCUCAAAAUCUUGAUUUAGUUUCUAGUUCUCAGCCUUUUAUGUACUUCCUGUAAAAGAGUAAGCAUCUUUGAUUGGGUAUAUACUUGGUAUCCACCCAUAUCAGUAUUUCGAUUCCGAUGUGGUACUAAAUUUUGUUUUUUGGAAAAUGCGAAGUUGUUUGCGCACUGCUUGAA